UUGUACGGGAAAGAGAUUACAGUCUAAUUAUCCAGAUUAUACUUUCUUGUGACAAGUUGGUGAAGGGAUUUGGUGGACGAUGGGCUCAAGACAGAAAGGGUUGAUAUAUUCUUUCUUGGUUUUCUUCCCUUCUUCAUCUCCCUCUUCCUUCGCUCCUCCCUCGAGUAAUCAUGGUGGAAGAAGAUGAUGAAGAUUGAAGAGGAAGUGAUUAUGAUUUUAAUGGAGCUAUGUGAUAGAAGAAGAAUGAACAGCAACUAAUGGCAGCAGUUAUUACACUUCUUGGACAACAUUUUAUAGCCAAGGUGCAAAUUUAAGGUUUGCAUUUUGUAUCUGGUAUCGCAAUCUCUAAAGAACCCGCCAGGUAAAGAAAGACAAGGGAGGUCACUGAAGGAGGAAUUACAGUUAGUUUCUUUCCCUUUAUUUUGGGGUACCCCUCCUAUUGUUGCAGCAAGUCUUGAUCAAGCAUAUAUCCCGUAAAGCAAAUCUCUAGGCAGACCAAUUAUUGCUGAGAUAUAAGCGGGCAAGCAGCUAGUAAUUUCUUGCAGCUGUAAUUUACAAUUGAAUUACUGAGGAAGGGAAAGGAAGGGAUGUCAUCGAAAUUUCUUGCCAUCCCUGUCCCUAGAAAUGUUUCCUUUGCAAUCUCUGACCUGAAUCAUCACCAUCAUCAUCGUCAUCGUCAUGCUUCUAGUAUCUUCCUCCUACCAGCCAUUUUCUUUAAUUCCAAAAAAUGGUCUCCAGCUUGUACCUCUCCUUUGAUUUUACCAAUUCCAAGGAAGAUAGCCCUUCAUCCCCUGCCCUCGCUGCCGCCAUCAUCGUCGUCUUCUUUCUUCUGUAAUGAGGAGGAGGAAGAAGAGACAGCAAGAGAGGCCGUGCGGCAGUAUCUUGAGCAAGAAGUCGGUGUUUCAAAGGAUGAAUCUCUUCGAAUCUCUUCCAGCUCUCCCAAGUACAUUGCCAUGUUGAUUCACAGUGUUCAAGACCUCGACCAAUUGUCCUCCUCCUCUGGUGAACUAGCAUUUUGGUCCUCUGGUGCCCCUCUAUCCUUUAUGGACAAGAUUUACCAAAUGGCCAAAAGAAAAGGCGAUAAGGGUAUGCUCCCCUACUUGGAGAGCAUUGGACUUACUCUCUCUUCUGCUUCCCACUUAGCUCGAUAUCUCUCCUCCCGUACACUUCCUACCCUAAUUCAUCAGGUUAAGUAUGUGAAGGAAAUCUUCUUUUCUGACAGUGAUGAUCAAGGGCUUAUUGGGAAGUAUGCCCGCACCAUGAUGAUGAACCUAUCGAUUUCUGUAGAUGAGGAUGUGCAGCAAACUCUGUCUUUUUUCGAGAAGAUUCAAGCACGGCGUGGAGGUCUGAAUUUGUUGGGUUCCUGGGAUGCGUCGUUCCCACAGCUUAUUGAAUCAUUUCCUGGCCUUCUGCAGCUACCUAUAGAAUCCCAUGUGAAGUUAAUGGUGGAAUUCCUUCACCAUAUUGGUGUUCCUGAGGGUUGCUUGGGAAAAUUAUUUCUGUUGUUUCCACCCCUAAUAUUCUAUGACAUUGAGAAGGAAGUUAAACCAAGACUGCUGGCCCUACGAAAGGUUGGUGCAGAAGAUACUGAUUUUGGCAUGCUAUUGCUCAAGUAUCCAUGGAUUCUUUCCACAAGCAUUCUUGAAAACUGUGAAAACGUGUUAGAUUUCUUUGAUAAGGAGAAGGUACCACAAGACAGUGUUACUAAUGCAAUAAAAUUCUGGCCACUUCUAUUGGGUUGCUCAAUCAAUAAGCUGAAGGUGAUGGUGGAACAUUUCAGUGAAUUACACAUUGCAAAUAAAAAGUUGGGUCGAAUAAUUGCUAGGAGUCCUCGACUGCUGCUGCAGAAACCUGAGGAAUUUCUUGAGGUGGUAUUGUUCUUUAAAGAUCUGGGCCUUGACAAGGCAAGUGUUGGUAGGAUACUUGCUCGCCGUCCUGAGAUAUUUGCUGGAAGCAUUGAGGAAACUCUUAAGAGAAAGCUUGCUUUCAUCUCCAGCAUAGGAGUUUCUAGAAAUCAGCUCCCACGAGUUAUUAAAAAAUAUCCAGAUUUUUUUGUCUGUGAUGUUGAUCGCGCUCUACGUCCUAGGAUGAUGUACUUGAUGCAGAUUGGUCUAUCAAAGAAGGAUGUGGGGUUUAUGGUCCGUAGAUUCUCUCCAUUGCUUGGUUACAGCAUUAAAAAUGUUUUGAGGCCUAAGACACAGUUCCUUGUAGACGUUAUGGAAAAGCCAUUGAGUGACUUGGUUGACUAUCCGAGGUACUUCAGUUACUCGUUGGAGAAGAAGAUAAAACCGAGAUUUUGGGUGCUGAAAGGCAGAAAUUUGGAAUGUAGCUUGAAAGACAUGUUGAAUAAAAAUGAUGAGGAGUUUGCAGCUGAGUUUAUGGGUGUUGGAAGGAGGCUUGCCUCACCAAUUGAAUGAUUAUCGGGUGGUUGCUUGUGGCAUUGCUGCAGAUUUGUAGCUCUUUUUGUUUAGAGGUAAAUACCCGCUUCUUUUACACAAGUAGGCAUCAUGUAUUCUAUUCGAAUGAAUAAAAAAACUUGUUCUGGCACAAGGCAUCAUAUACUUGUUCGAAGAAGGCCUAUUUUUUUCACGUUUUGAUGUUCGAAGAAGGCCUAUUUUUUUCACUGUUUGUAAAACGUCAUCCCUCCUCUCCACCUCCAAAAGAGGGAAAAAGUGAAAAGCAAAAUGAGAAAAAAGAAAAGGAGACAGGACAGGUUCUUUAGUACCUGUAACCUCUCAUAUAUGCAUCCUCAGAAAUAAUAAAUCCUUUUACCACCUGUUUGGUAAUA